AUGCAUCUAUUCCGAAGUUACAAUUACCGCCUUUAUCCCGACCGGUGUUCUGUGGAAACACCGACUAUUCGUGGAAUCAGCUGGACUCCGCUGCCAGAGGCUCUGAAUCCAGAAGACACUAUGAAGCAGUUUCUGUCUGAUCGGAUCCUGAAGUCAGCCAGGGUCGUGUACAGUAUGCUGAUGGAACGGAAUCCCGACCUGAUCCGAGAUCGGAAGCAGUACCUUAAAACCUACAGGCAGUGCUGCAGUGGGAAGGAGCUUGUUGAUUGGCUGAUGAAGCAAAAUGAUUCCUUCCAGUCUCGUAUUCAGGUGGUGGGAAUGUGGCAGGUGUUGGUGGAUGAGGGAAUCCUGGUUCAUGUGAAGCAAGAACUGAACUUCAAUGACAAGGAGACACACUUCUACCGUUUCAUGGAUACAGAAUUUGAUCUGAGUCAUACAACUAAUGAGGAAGAGUCCAAGGAAGAGGAGCUCCAGGAGAGCCUGUCUUUUCUACUCCAGAUGGGUCCAGAUGCUCUUCUGACCAUGAUACUGCGUAAAUGUCCAAGCCAGAGAACCCCAGAGGACCUGGAGGUUAUUUAUGAGGAGCUACUCCAUGUCAAGGCAGUCGCUCACCUGUCCACUUCGGUGCGGAAGGAGUUGGCAGCAGUGCUGGUGUUUGAGUCGCAUGCAAAGGCAGGAACAGUCUUGUUCAGUCAGGGGGACAAAGGCACAUCCUGGUAUAUUAUCUGGAAGGGAUCUGUGAAUGUCAUCACACACGGCAAGGGCGUGGUGACAACACUGCAUGAGGGCGAUGACUUUGGGCAGCUGGCUUUGGUAAACGAUGCUCCUCGUGCAGCCACCAUCAUCCUCAGAGAGGACAACUGUCACUUCCUGAGAGUGGACAAGCAGGACUUCAUACGCAUCCUUAAGGAUGUAGAGGCGAACACUGUUCGGCUGGAGGAACACGGGAAGGUUGUACUGGUCCUUGAAAAGAGCUCUGGACAGGAGUCAAGCAAUCAAACAGGAUCAGGAAGUAGCAGCAAGUACACAGUAAUGUCAGGAACCCCAGAGAAAAUUCUGGAGCAUCUACUGGAGACAAUCAAGCUGGACAGCAAUGGCAGUGACACUAUAGAUCCCUGUGUUAGCGACUUCCUCCUCACUCAUAAAGUCUUCAUGCCCUGCAGUCAGCUCUGCCCCGCUCUCCUACACCACUACCAUGCUGAGCCUUCUGAGGGGUCAGAGCUGGAGAAGGCGGCCUAUGCGCUAAACACCAAACAGAAGGUCAUCAAACUGGUGGGUCAGUGGGUCACCCUCUAUGGACCACUGCUGAAGGAUGACCCUAUAGCUUCAGCCUUUCUGGAGAAGCUCAGAGAAGAAGCCAUGGCUGACUCCCGACUCUGUAACAUACUCAAAGAGCAACUGAGGGACAGGAGGAGGACAAGAGUGGUGGAGAAUGGAUGCCCAACACUGACAAAGCUCAACCAGACGUUUGACUGGUUUGCAAAUUUUGAGGAGCCAGUUGGGAGAUGUAAACCAAUCAAAGCUCAAGACAAAGUGUUGUAUGAGAUCUUCCGUCCAGACCACAGUGCAGAAACAGUUAUGCUUCCUGUUAACGCGUCCGUCCAAGAAAUCAUGACUGCACUGAACCCUGGGGAAGACCAAGUCCUGCUCAAAAUGAACUCCACAGGAGACAGGGUCCAGCUGAAGCUGGACGCUACAGCAGUCUUCACCUCCCUGGGUUUGAAUGAGAGGCUCUUCCUCUGUACGGCCAGCCAGGCAGAACAGCUGAUGCCACUGAAGGAGCAGCUUGGGCCGGAGCAGAACACCAUGGACUCUCUGGAACAGAUGUGUUCCAAGGACGUCGCCAGCCAACUCACAAACUAUGACUGGGAGCUCUUCACAGCCAUGCACGAGGUGGAGUUGGUCCACUAUGUUUUCGGUAGACACAAGUUCCCGGGCAGCACCACGGCAAAUCUGGAGCGUUUUGUGUGUCAGUUUAACAAGGUUCAGCACUGGGUGGUGACGGAGCUCUGUCUAUGUGAGGACCUGGUCAAGCGUGCCAUGCUACUCAAGAAGUUUAUCAAGAUAGCCAUUGUCUUGAAGGAACAGAAGAACUUCAACUCAUUUUUUGCAGUGAUGUUUGGACUCAGUAACAGUGCAGUGCAAAGGCUGUACAAGACAUGGGAGAGAGUGCCAAACAAGACCAAAAGGCUCUACAGCUCCUUUGAGAGAUGUAUGGACCCAUCACGUAAUCACAGAGCUUAUAGGUUAGCAGUGGCCAAACUCAGUCCACCCUAUAUCCCCUUCAUGCCACUCUUACUGAAAGACAUGACGUUUAUUCAUGAAGGAAAUAAGAACUACACAGACAGCUUGGUCAAUUUUGAGAAAAUGCACAUGAUUGCUAAGACACUGAAAACAGUGCGAGAGUGCAGAAGCCAACCUUAUGUGCCUUCAUCCCCACAGAAAGGCCUUACAGAAAGAAUGUUCCUGGAGGCUCCUGCCAUACGAAUAUCUACAUAUUCAGAUCACUCCUUAACGCUCCGUAGUACCACCAACGUUCAACACUAUGUUCAGAACCUCAAAGUGAUCGACAAUCAGAAGAGACUGACACAGCUCUCCAGGGCCAUGGAGCGCUAAGGUCUAGUAGGGUGGGUCUAGAGGGGCGGGUCCUUAUCCCAGGCCAGCUUCACACUGGAGUAGCACUGAUAGACCUUGCCCAUGCCCGUCAUGGUCACACAAGGUCAAGGCAUAUGUAUGUGUGUGAGUGGCGAGAGAGGGGAUGACUCAGUGCCAUAAGCAUGUUGUCUGAUGCAGCCCGGAGAACUGCUGGCAGUGCCUAAAGCCUGCUAUUGCCCUAAAGGACCUGUCGUACACACAGGAAUGAUCCCGUCACACUGCUGAGAGAACCACACACUGGGGCUCUAUGAAUGCACACCACAGACUAUGUGACAGGCAUACUCAUUCUGUAUAUUUGAAAUGAGCUCUUAUGUAUGAAGAUACCACUGGUGUGUUUUGUUAGCACUGGAAGUUAAGCUGAGGUUUCCUUGUAAUCUUUUAAA